GUUUACAAAGCGUCGGUUGGUGUUGUUGCCAUUGGCAAGUGCCGCCGUCGCCGCUUUAUUUUAUGCUUCAGUCAGUCAGGGAAUGAUCGUGCUUAGCUUCAUUACUUAGCUCCGCGACUCCGUAGUUUAAUUGUUAAACAAGACAAGCCGAAAAACAACAGACAGUAACUCUUCGUUGGUCAAUGUAAUUACACUGCGUUUCGGGCGAAAAAGCCGCAAAGGUUAAUUAACAAACAACGUUUUAAGUUUUUUUUCGGUGGUGAAAUCUCCGAAGGCAAACAAAAACCGAUCGCUUGAAUUUUGUUGUUUUUUUUUUUUGCGGCGGAUAUAACACACAGGUUAAGAUGGCAACGCAUAAGGAAGAUCACACCGCCCUGGAUCUCAUCAUAAAAUCGCUCAAGUCCCCGACAAUGGUUUGUGAGGGCACCCACUUCGAUGGCCAGAUCCCCCACACUUUUGUGAUCUUCGGGGCUUCCGGCGAUUUGGCCAAGAAGAAGAUCUAUCCAACAUUGUGGUGGCUCUAUCGCGACGAUCUCCUGCCGAAGCCCACGAAAUUCUGCGGCUAUGCUCGUUCCAAGCUCACGAUUGCCGCUCUCAAAGUGCAGUGCCUGCCCUACAUGAAGCUCCAGCAAAACGAGCAGAAGAAGUACGAGGAGUUCUGGGGCCUCAAUGAAUAUGUUUCUGGCAGUUACGAUGGCCGAACGGGCUUCGAGCUGCUCAACCAGCAAUUGGAGUUGAUGGAGAACAAGAACAAGGCCAACAGGAUAUUCUACUUGGCCCUGCCGCCCAGCGUUUUCGAGCAGGUGACCAUUAACAUCAAGGAGAUUUGCAUGUCGGUGUGCGGCUGGAACCGCGUGAUCAUCGAGAAGCCCUUCGGCAGAGACGACGCCUCCUCGCAGGCGCUGAGUGACCAUCUGGCCAAGCUGUUCCACGAGGAUCAGCUGUACCGCAUCGAUCAUUACCUGGGCAAGGAGAUGGUCCAGAACCUGAUGACCAUACGGUUCGGCAACAAGAUCCUCAGCUCGACGUGGAACCGCGAGAACAUCGCCUCCGUGCUGAUCACAUUCAAGGAACCCUUCGGCACCCAGGGUCGCGGUGGCUACUUCGACGAGUUCGGCAUCAUUCGCGACGUGAUGCAGAACCACCUGCUGCAGAUCCUGUCGCUGGUGGCGAUGGAGAAGCCGGUCAGCUGCCAUCCGGACGAUAUUCGCGACGAGAAGGUCAAGGUGCUGAAGAGCAUCCAGGCCCUGACGCUGGAUGACAUGGUCCUGGGCCAGUAUUUGGGCAAUCCCCAGGGAGCGACGGAGGAUGCGCGCACGGGCUACCUGGAGGAUCCCACCGUGAGCAAUGACUCGAACACGCCCACCUACGCCAUGGGCGUGCUGAAGAUCAACAACGAGCGCUGGCAGGGAGUGCCCUUCAUCCUGCGCUGCGGCAAGGCUCUGAACGAACGCAAGGCGGAGGUGAGGAUCCAGUACCAGGACGUCCCCGGCGACAUCUUCGAGGGCACCACGAAGCGCAACGAGCUGGUCAUCCGCGUCCAGCCCGGCGAGGCGCUGUACUUCAAGAUGAUGACCAAGAGUCCCGGCAUCACCUUCGACAUCGAGGAGACCGAGCUGGAUCUGACGUACGAGCACCGGUACAAGGACUCCUACCUGCCGGAUGCCUACGAGCGACUGAUCCUGGACGUCUUCUGCGGCUCCCAAAUGCACUUCGUUCGCUCCGACGAGCUGCGCGAGGCGUGGCGCAUCUUCACGCCCAUCCUGCACCAGAUCGAGCGGGAGCGUAUCCAGCCGAUCACCUACCAGUACGGCUCCCGUGGCCCCAAGCAGGCGGACCGCAAGUGCGAGGAGAACAACUUCAAGUACUCCGGCUCGUACAAGUGGCACGGCGGCAAGGGGGCCACCUCCAAUCUCUGAGGGGUCAUGCCCUCCAGCUCGGGCUUGGGUUCAAGAACACACAUACUCCUCUUCCACCUGCUCCUCCACUUCCACCCACUCCACUUCCACCUGCUCCUCUCUGUCCUUACGCACAUACAUAUACGAUAUGUAUUUUUUUUGGUUAUUUGUAAUUAUUUUUCUUUGGUUUGUACGAGAAUUUUUUUAUUAAACAUUAACAUAAAUAAA